UGAUCUCAGUUUGCAUGUCCAUGUCAGCGGUCCCUCCCCUUUAAACGUCAGCGUGACAUCCCCUUUAACGCCAUACUGAGGUUUACGUUGCAGGGUGAUUUCGAUCGGCGGAAUGAUUAAACCUAAAGUUACCGCUUUUUAACUUUCUGCCAACACACAAGACGUGACGUUAACCGUAGUACUAGAUCGUACACGAGCUUGUUUGUGCGGUUCUAGAGUGUCUGUCUCGUACGAUGUUGUGGUUGUGGUUCGUGCUGUGCAGUCUGAUGAAGAGCGGACCAGCUGAAGGAUAUUUCCAUGAGGAGCGCUGGAGCCCAGAGUCUCCUCUCUUAUCUGCUCGAGUUAUGAUCGCGCUCAUAUGCCGUAACUCUCAACACUCACUACCGCAUUUCUUGGGAACCAUUGAGCGUCUAAACUAUCCUAAAGAUCGCAUUGCGCUAUGGGUAGCAACUGACCACAGUAUUGACAACACUACAUACCUGUUGCGAGACUGGCUUAUCGAUGUACAGAAGCUUUACCACAAUGUGGAGUGGAGGCCAAUGGAGGAACCAAGUGCAUAUUAUGAUGAGGAAGGACCCAAGGAUUGGACAAACGAGCGUUACGCCUACGUGAUGAAACUGCGUCAGGCGGCGCUGCGGUCUGCACGAGAGAUGUGGGCAGACUAUCUUAUGAUGAUUGACUGUGACAAUCUCCUGACCAACCGAGACGUUUUAUGGAAGUUGAUAAAGGAGAACAAGACGAUUGUGGCACCAAUGCUAGACUCUCGAGCGGCGUAUUCCAACUUUUGGUGUGGGAUGACGUCACAGGGCUACUAUAAACGAACACCUGCCUACCUCCCCAUCCGUAAACAUGUGCGAAAGGGCUGCUUUGCUGUUCCCAUGGUUCACUCAACGUUCCUGGUGGACCUACGGAAAGAAGCCUCCAGACAGCUGGCUUUUCACCCUCCACAUCCAGACUACACAUGGGCCUUUGAUGACAUCAUAGUCUUUGCUUUCUCGGCACGUAUGGCAGAGGUCCAGAUGUUCAUUUGCAACAAGGAAGAGUACGGGCAUCUCCCAGUGCCUCUUCGCACCCACAGCCCCCUGCAGGACGAGGCAGACAGCUUCCUUCAUACCCUACUAGAGGUCAAUGUACGAAACCCCCCAGUCGAGCCCUCCAGGAACCUUCCCAAACCUGUCAAGAAGCCUGACAAAAUGGGCUUCGAUGAGAUAUUUAUGGUCAACCUGAAGAAACGCGCCGACCGUCGCGAGCGCAUGCUGACGGCACUACGAGAGCAAGAGAUUGACUGCAAGACAACUGCCGCUGUUGAUGGCAAAGCUCUGAACGUCAGCGAGAUUCAAGCUAUGGGAAUCCAAAUGCUGCCUGGAUACAGCGACCCCUACCACGGCAGACCUCUCACACGAGGAGAGCUGGGCUGUUUCCUGUCACACUACAACAUCUGGAAAGAGAUUGUAGACAGAGGCCUGAAGACCUCACUGGUGCUCGAGGAUGAUUUGCGGUUUGAAAUCUUCUUCAAACGCCGCCUGCAGAAUCUGAUGCGGGAGGUUGAGAGUAACGGUUUGGACUGGGACCUCAUUUAUAUUGGGAGGAAGAGGAUGCAGGUGGACCAUCCUGAAAGAGCAGUUCCAAACAUACGCAACCUGGUGGAGGCAGACUAUUCCUACUGGACGCUGGCUUACAUGAUGUCAUUACAGGGAGCCAGAAAGCUACUCGAAGCAGAACCACUCAGAAAAAUGUUACCUGUGGAUGAGUUCCUUCCUAUUAUGUUUAAUAAGCAUCCUGUGUCAGAUUACAUGGAGCAUUUCGAGACGAGGGACCUGAAAGCGUUUUCUGCCGAGCCUUUGCUUGUGUUUCCCACACACUACACGGGUGAACCGGGGUACAUCAGCGACACAGAAACAUCCACGGUGUGGGACAAUGAGAAGGCACGCACAGACUGGGACAGAAAGCGGUCGGGGAAGACCAAAGAACAGGCUGAGAUCAGCACAGAAGCACAGAACUCUGAUGUGCUUCAGUCUCCACUGGACAGAACAGCCCGAGACGAACUCUGAAAGACAAGUCAUUAGACUGAGACAUCUCUGUUCAACUGUCUUCCUGUGGACAUGCGGAUCAUUCUACCUGCAAGUCCUAUUUGACUGACCAAAAGAUGAACCGUGUUGUUUUUAAGUUUAACCCUUGUGUGAUGUCCCGGACUGUAGGACAUGUUUUCUUUGUCACCUGUUCACCAUUGUGUCCUGCGACCCCCAAUACAUUUAUUUAUCUGAAUAAAUAAAUAAUAACAUUCGCUUUUUUAAAACUAAAAAAACAAGUUUUCUUAACAUUUGGAUUCCAGAGCUGAGCAUAUUUACAGAUGAGUGCAUUAUAAAAGUGACUUAAAAAUUUAGCAAUAUAAUAUUUUUUGUUGUUUGAUAAAAACACAAGAAUUAUAUUUUUUUCAGUCCUUGAUACAAUCCUAUUUGGCGCAGUUUCAGACUGUCAUUUGCCUUCAUAAGAUUUUCUUUGGUUUUACUCUCGGGCAAAUUUGUGAAAAUGUCAAGCAUACCAUGAAGUUUUUACCAGCGGUUUUUACUAUGGUAACAGGACAGAUUUUAACAUUUGGUGGUUCACAUACACAUGUGAGAUCUCUCUUUAAAUUUGUAAAGCAUUUGUUUUAUUUUUAGUGCAUGAUUUUUCAUACUCAGGUAAGAGCCAUUUUCAGGAUUGUCACUACAUAUUCCUCAUAAAUGGACACGUGAAAAUUAAUAUUAAGUAGCGAUUUUAUGUUCUAUAAAGAGGCAUCCCUUCUCCAUUCAUUGGGUAGUAUUGCUUCAGGAUCGUGCAUUUUAUUUGACAGAAGUUUAUCGUCACCCCAAAACCAUGUCCUUUUUUUGUCACAUCCAUAACGCAUCUUUAUUUCCCUUUUUUUCAUAGACUGACAUUUCUUGAUUUAGACUCUAUCAACAAGGGUUCAGUAAAAUAUAAACAGAUGGUUCAAUAUAAUCGUUACAAAUUCAUUCUCUCAGCAUUUUUAUGUCACGUCCAUAACGCUGGAACUGCCCUGUCAUAUCAACAAGAUGACAAUAAAAGGUCUACACACAUACCAUA